AUGGCGCCGUGCUCGCUGUCGCCGCUCAGCUCGCGGGGGAAGAUAAUGAUCUUUCACCACGCCUGGACCGCGAGCGGGGCACUACUCAUCAUGUACCUGCAUUCCACAGUUACCUCCGCGUACGUGAAUCCCUGGCCCACGUUCCGCGCAGGCAGACGCAGCUGGAAGCACCACCAUAAACCGGGCGACCGCGGGCCGGUCUCGGAUUCCGAUGCUGCUCUUUUCGCUUCCCGGCUCGGGAACUGUUCCCGCAUUGGCUCUGAUCCUAACACCGUACUUGCGAGGUUCAUGAUAGCGCCCUUGUUCCUAGAGCUAUGGCACCAUCGUGAAGACCAUUACGCCUGCGCGCUGCUCUAUUUUCUUACAAAACUGGAUGACGGAUUGGUGCUAAACGUUUAA